AACUUUCAUGAAUGAAAUCAUAUGUCUGAAAACUGCGAUUGAUGAGAUUUCAAAGUCCUUUUUUCCAUAUCCUUUAAAGUACUCGAAGUGAGGAUCCGGUUAGGCCUUAGAUGGUCCAAGUAUGAAGUCCUGGUAAACUGGCCAACACCUGCAAGGCGGACAUUGCAUCAGUACUCCCGGUUCCAUAUAAUGAAAAUCCUUAAAACUCGCACAAAACAACUAUAAAAAAAUGCUUGAAGGACUAGUGGCGUGGAUCCUAAACAACUACUUGGGGAAGUAUGUAAAACUCAACACAGACCAGCUUAGCAUUGCUUUGCUGUCCGGGAAAGUCGAGCUGGAAAAUGUGCCGCUUAAAACGGAUGCUUUAAGCCAGUUGGGUUUGCCCAUCCAAAUCCGCGCUGGUUUUAUAGGCAAAGUGAAACUACAAAUCCCCGUUCGUCAAAUCAGAUCGGCCCCUUGGGUUAUAGCUUUCGAGCAGCUUUACGUGGUUGCUAGUCCGUUGCCUUUGGAAGAGUGGGACAAUGAGAAAGAGCAGACCUUGCAGCACAACUUGAAAAUGUCUGCCCUGGUUAGCUUAGAGGCCAAAUGGCGAAUGGAGAAGGACUUCAAGGGCCCCGACUAUUACGCAUCCAGCUAUUUUUCCUGGUACAGCUAUGGCACGGGUUUUGCUUCGGAAAUUCUGGAGAACAUCCAGCUGAAUAUCAAGGAUGUUCACAUCCGCUAUGAGGAUUCCUGCAGUAUUCCGGGCAAAUCAGUGGCAUUCGGCAUCACAAUCGACUCAAUCACCGCUCAGAAUUGCGAUAGCAACUGGACACCGCGCGGGAAUCAGGGUAGCCACGAGACGCACUCUUUUGAGCUUCUGGAGCUGGACGCUUUUGCCACUUACUGGACAAUGUUUGAUAUCGGCGAGACCUUCGUGAAUAAAAGUGUCGCCGAACUAGUGGAAUUGAUGGGUUCGAGCAAAGCUAGAAAAACAAUAAAGGACUACAUAGUGCCAACAGUUAGUGCUGUUGCUCAUCUGAAGCGCAACAAGAGUAUCCAACCGCUCAGAUCCAGUUCCACUCCUAGAAUAGAAUGUGAUUUAAUUUUAGAAGAUGUACCUUUAACUCUGGUCGAUUGGCAAUACAACCAAAUAGUAACGUGUAUAAACGGCUUGGAGAACAUAUCGAAACUUAGGGCGUAUCGACAGUAUAAACCGUGGAAUUCGGUAAAAGAGGAUCCUAGGACUUGGUGGUACUAUGCAAUCAGUUGCUUGUACCCUGGAGGCCAGCCGAAUCUGUGCAGAUCCAGAAUGACAUGGGAGAAAUGUUUGCUGAGGGCCCAACAAAACGUUAGUUACGUUCGAGUUUAUAAAAAGCUUCUAAUCACCCCAUCGGCAUCCCUGACGACAGAAGAGAAUAAAAUAAAAGACGAAGUGGAAAAGGCCCGCUGUUAUGAAGAUCUGAAGGUCCUAAAAGAGGUGGCGAUGAGAACGGUAACUUUACCAUCAAAAAGUGCCGUUCAAAAUACCUCCAGUGGCCGCAGUAUGCUGAAAAGUUGGUUCCCUCAAUGGAUGGGCUGGUACUCAACUCCCACAUCGGAAAGUACCGCUCAAGAAACUCCCGAAGCAAACCAGUUGGAAGGCGAGAUUUUGCAGGUUUUAGCCGACACAGCCGAGAACAACACUGUUUUGAAGCGGGACGCGGUGUUUGGGCAGUUUUCCUUUUGCUUGAAAACCGGCACUCUCAGUCUGUGCUCUCUAGAUCCAGAAAUCAAUGAAACCUCGCCUAUGAUUGAGCUGGAGUUUACGAAUGUGUCCUUAACCAUCUGCAGUAAACCGCGGACUUCUUCACACUCAGUGGAGCUGAGUUUGGAUGCCAUCUACCUCAAGGAUAGAAUGACCAACAGCACCAUGUUUCCCAUACUAGUCGGCCCUCCUGGUCUAGAUAGAACGUCCUUAGCCAGAACCAGGAACGCCACUGCGGCCAACCCCAGGAACCCCAGCUUUAAUAAACUAGACGAAGCUGAUCAGCAGCUUUUUUACUUAAUUUACGAAAAAAGGCCGCCCCAUUCCGGUUGCGACUACAGACUCAACGUGAGAACGAAAUGCUUGGACGUAGUCUACCAGCCCAAUGCUGUUAAAUGGAUGCUCAACUUUCUGUGCUUUCCGCAUCAGCGCGACAUCACUCAAUCGAGAAUCGAAGCCAUGAAGUCGAAAACCAAAUUGGAACUGUUUAAGAACUGGGAGCAUAUCUUAGGAGGGCGAGUGGUGGAGCGCAGUACUUGGGAGCUGGAACUGCACAUCUCAGCGCCCCAGAUCAUUUUCGUUGAGAAUUUCACUGAUCAAAACUCCGCAAUGGCUGUGAUCGAUUUCGGUAGACUGAAAUUGAAGAACAACGUUUCCGGGCUGGAGCCCCCUAGCAAGCCCGACUUUAUCACCAAAGAGAGCGAGGAUGAUGAAACAUUUCUGACGCCCUGCUCCACGCCGCCGGUGAGUGAGGAUUCCGAAGAUCAGACCUUGGAACCGGUUUCGCAGAUUGAAGAUUUGCCGGACUUCAAGUUGGAUGAGACAAAUUUUCACAACAAACUGUAUGAUUGCUACAGCCUCGAGCUGAACGACCUGCAGAUUCUGAUUGGAAAAGCUCGAGAAAACUGGCGAUAUGCCUUGAAUAAAGGCACUUCUAACUUGCAUGUAGUGGAUAGAUUCAACAUUUCCCUGCAGAUUGAAAGAAGGGUAGUCUAUACAAGCGACCCAUUGUACCCUAGCUUGACUUUGAACGCCAAUCUACCGAAGCUAGUGGUGCAUGUAAACGAAAGCAAGAUAUGCUCAGCUAGGAACCUGAUCCAGCUGAUUGUGUCAACUGGGAUUCCAAGUCCAUUCGGCGCAAAUGAGGAGUUUGGAAGCGAUGUUGUUGAUAGCGGCGAGGAGAACGAGGAAAGCACCAGCAUAGACACCAGUUUGGAAAUGUCCAGGUUGCUCAUGAUGCAGUUUACAGUCGACCAGAUGUCCUUAGAGUUGCAAAGCAGGGGAAGAUCGGUUGCUGAACUGCAAGUGGCUGGAGUCAAGGUAGCUCUGACUAAGCGCGCAGUGGACAGCAGCAUCACUCUCACCGUGCACAGUCUCCUUUUGGUCGAUGCCUUGCAGAAUUUCGGACCUGAUUUCGAAUUGCUCGUGGCCAGUCAUAAGCACGUUGGCAUGGAUUCGAUGUCUGGAAGCAUCAGAGACAGCGAACCGACUUCUCCAACCUCGCCAGGCAGUCCAGAUCCAAACGCAGCCCGGCAAGAAGCCACGUCUCCAGUUACUUUGACGCAGGCCUUGAGUUCUUUGUCGAUUGAUCCGCCUGAUUGGGCUGGGGCGCUACGGGAUGGCGUUUUUAUGGACUCUGAGGCCUUGAUCUCGAUAGAUAUUUGCUUGGUGUCCGGCGUGGAUCCCAUUCAGAUUGCAAAUGUUCAGUUUAACAACCUGGAUAUAAUAGCCAAUCAAGAGACCAUAGUGGAACUGGUCGGGUUUGUUCGAAGAGUGCUGCCCAAAGCGCAACGAUCUUCGGGCGCCAAUUUACCCUCAAUGAUUCCCACGAGUGUGAAAGGAUCCACUGAGUCUUUAGUUGAGGAUGCCAUGUCUACUAUAGCUGGGACCACCGAAUUAACCUUUGACUUUCAUCGCCUCAAUGUACUGCUCCUGCGAGGAGUUGUACGUGAAGGAACCCUCUAUGGCAAGAAGAUCUGCACUGCUACAAUGAGCGAGGCAAAAAUCCACGCAACCGUUGCCAAGAAGCUGGAGGUGGAAGGAUCGCUUGGAGGCCUUCAGGUGCUGGAUUUGACGCCAGAAGGGCAACGGCAUCAACGCAUCAUCAGCGUUGGGCGCGAUCCGCUGCAAGAAGUGCCGCAUCCCAUCUAUGUGAUGGCCGGGCCUACGGAGGACAGCAAAGCUUUCAGCUUCAAAGUGGUUCGACAUCUGAACAGUUCGUUGUGCAACAAGGAUACUGCCGAUGUCACAGUCAGGAUGGCAUCCUUGUGGUACACGCAUUCGCCGAUGUUUGUCGUUGAAUUGCAAAGCUGCGCCACUGAGUUUAAGCAAUAUCUGGCCAAUUUGGCAAGGUCCAUCCGCGCCGCAGCCACAGACAUGGCUUUAGGGCUGGUCCACGCCCGUGCAGAGGCUUUGGCGCAGUCAUUGAGCAUGAACAAGCGCCUGCCUAGCUCGAUUUAUGGCAGUGCGCUGUCGUUUACUGAAACAGCUUCUCCUGGAAAGCGCCGAAGGAGAAACAGCAGCAACGAAGCCAGUGCGUUUGCAUCAGCAAGGGACACAGUCCUGCAAACCCCUUAUAGUCCCGGCGAAGAGGAACACUUCCUCAUUGAUAUGAAUCUUGACAUAGAGUUGGACAGUCCCGUGCUGGUUUUGCCCAGAUCUAGCUCGAGCCCCGAAGUGUUUGUGGCUCAUCUGGGGAAAAUCCGAAUCUCCAACGAACCACAGAAUGUGUCCCAAGACUCGAUCAAAAAUGGAAAUUCUUUGACUUAUGAUGAGUAUCACAAAGAGCACUACGACAUUGAGAUUAGGGAUAUGAAUAUUUAUUCGCUCAAUACCCAAUCGCGAAGGGUUCCAGGCCCAAUAAUAUGCAGGCCUGAGGUCAUGUACAGUUGCAGAACACUGGCCAAGCCCAUUUUGCACGACACAAUGUUGCAGUUAAAUGUGCUUCGGGAAAUUCAGAUGAGAAACAGCAGCGAGUCGAUUUUAUUGGAAGAUGAAGAGGAUGAAAACUUGACCGACCAGCCUUCAGAGAAGAUGGAGAUUUCCGGAAGUAUCGUCACCGCUCUAAAGAUGUCUUUGACUAGAGCCCAAUAUGAGCAGGUUUUGGAUACGGUGCAGUGGCUCACGUCGUCUCCAGUUUUGAACGAUUUUCAUCGCAUUUCCAGCUUGAGUUUCAUACAGCAGGGAACGUUGACGGAUAUUCGCGAAGAAGAUACUGGUGUUAUCACGUUGAACAUGGAUCCGCAAGUGCGGGCUAAAAUGUUCGCGCCCAAUAUAGGUCUAGACCAAAAAGCCCCGAGCACUUCUUUGCAACAAUUGCGAGUUUUCUUGAAGCUUAACUUUGAGGUGCCGGUUUUCACUGUGGAACUUCGAGGCGAUGGGCCGAACGGCGAACAGGGACUGGUCGAUUUGAGUUUCCGCGAUUUCGUUUUCAACUACGAGAAAUGCCACAAGUUUGAGACCAAUGUGCAAGUGUCUUUGAAGUCGAUUUUCAUGGAGGAUUUAUUGCAACCGGAUGGGUCCAGGCAACGUUCAAUGGUGAUUUCUUCGAACAGCUCCGAUCCUCCUCCUAGCACUAGUUGCGUGUCGCGUUCCUGCCCAGAUAUAAGCGACCAUUUUUAUAUGCACUCGUUGUCGCGCGGGUCUUUGCCUGACCAUUUGGAAGCCGCCAAUGUCUUUGGUGUUGGCCACAUUUACAAGCAGGAUCGGAUAACUGGCAGGUGGCCUCGAAAUGUUUAUCCAUGUACGCCUCCUCCAAGCCCCAACCAAGCGCGCUCAAGGCCCGAGAGGAAUCUGGUGCUAAUUUCCACACUUCUGGUAGAUCCACUAGCGCCGAACUUCGACACCAGAUACCAUUCAACGCAACGGUCCACUUCAGUGGACUUUAACUGCUUGGACUUGGUCAUCAGCGUGCCAUCUUGGGUGGUGGUGAUUGAUUUUUUCAGCGGCAGUUCCACUACGAGCAAAUAUGGCUCUUAUGUGUCCAGCUCCAAGGAGGAGCUGAAAAUCAGCAAUCCUGAGAGAAAUGUUAAGACGGUGACCAACAUCACUGUCUGCUCGCUUACAGUCGGCCUGGUUAAGGCGGACAUGGACAUAGCAAGGGCGAAUAUUUCCAACGUGGAAGUAUCGGUGAAAACCCGGGGCUGGCAUAAGGAAGUUAAGGGCAAACUCGGCUCCAUAUCGCUGCUGGAUUUGACGCUUCAUGGCCAGAUUUAUAAGGAGCGGUUCUUAACUUCUGGAAAGGAAGCGCUCCAAUUCAAAUACAUUAGGCACACGCCAGAUGGUGUGAAAGAUUACGACGCUCAGUUAACACUAGAUAUGGCCUCCGUCAUGUACGUCCAUACUAAGAGAUUCGUAGCGGAGCUUCAGGCAUUUUUCAAUAAAUUCAUUGAAAGACAAGACGCGGUUCUCAAAGGGCUUCAAGCGGCCACCAGCGGAAAACUGGUAUCCAAUGAGCCGCUUCGCCUUUCUCUGGUUUUAAAGGCUGGUUCGCCGAUUAUUUUAUUGCCAGUGAGUUCCAAGUCCACCAGCCUGGUGAUAAUCGACUUGGGGAAGUUGCUGGUCACUAACACGUUCAAGUUUUCGGGCGAUGAGGGCACUAUAAGCUCGCUUUCCGAUCCUACUACCAACAAGAAGUGUUUGCUGGAAGUGAUGCUUAUAGAACUGGAAAAUAUGGAUUUGUACACGGGAGUCAAAGACAGCGAGUUGAACCCGGUGAAGAACAGUUAUCCGCAAGAUAGCUUCAAGUUCGGAUCGUCGUUUAUUAUGCGCAAAGGGCCUUCGCUGCUCACCAAGAAGGUGGAACUUAAGCUGCGAUAUGAGAGGAAUUUGCACCGGAAUUUCUGCCGAAUUGUGCCGGAUUCCAGCAUAUACGGCCAUCUUUCCACUUUGGACUGCGCGCUGGAUUUGCAUCAGUACAAGCUAAUUCGCGGAUUAUUGGCUUUCAAUUUGGGCGAAGACACCGAAAGGAUUUAUCCGUCGGUUUCGGACAAAAACAUUCCCAAUGAGCUAGAAAACAAGGAAGAAUGGAUUCUGUCGUCAAUCAAAUUAGACCUCCAGAACGUGUCCUUGCGCUUGGUGAAAUCGCACUCGCACAAUUCUCCGCUCACGUGCAUCAACUUCAUCAAAUCCCAUCUUACCAUGGAGACUUUCAGCAAUCUCAGCCAGGACAUUGAUUUGGUAUCACAGGAAAUUUUGCUAGUUGACACGAGAUGCUAUGGAUCAGAUCCAGAGUCGCCCUGCAACGUAUUCACCAACAUUCUGCAGCCAAUCAAAGACGCAGCCAGCGGCAGCGAUUUGGUGCAGGCGGAAAUUCAUUCCAGGCGCCGCAAGGAUCAUACCAAAGUCACCAUCCUGCUAAACAACAUGAGAUUGAUGGCGAUAUUUGAUUGGUGGGAAGCAGUGCGGGAGUAUAUUUUCCAAGAAAUCGACAACGUUCAAGCGAGUCCAGAGCGACAAAUGGAACGAGCCAAACCGCCCAACAAUGCCACUUUUGAACUCAAACUCAACGUUACGGAUUCAGAGUUUGUUUUGGUGGAAAACUCAUCAGAAGAGGACUCAAAUGCCGUGAUCUUGAAGAGCACCACUGUGAUUAAAUAUCGGCCAAUCGAGGACAAGCAGUUAUCAUGCAAUCUGAACAAUUGCGAAAUGUUUUCUUGCAUUCUUGGCAAGGAAAAUGAAACCGCUCUUUCCAUCAUAGACCCGAUCACAUUAAAUAUCGACCUGAUUAAGGAUGGUUUGCUGGAAGUGCAGUUGCAGUUUUUAACCGUGCGCUUAUCGUAUCACGACAUGUGCAUGUUCAGGCAAAUGCUAGAUUCGCUGCCCAAGCAGUUGUGGUCAGGAAAAGACAAGAGCGCCACCCAAGGCCAUAAAAAGAACAUCCAGACGUUGAGGGCGUUGGGAUUUCAUUAUCAGGACUGCGUCCAGGCUCUGGAGGAAUGCGAGGAUCGCCUGGAUGAUGCUGCAGUUUGGUUGACUCAACACGCUAGUGAAUUGGCUGAUGUAAAGGACCAGAACUCUUUUAACGUGAAUGCUAUUGAGGUCAAAGCCAAUUGCAUAUCCAUCUGCAUAAUAGACGAUUGCGGCGAUUCGGAUGUGCCCUUGCUAGAGGUGUCUUUUUCCGAUCUGGAGAUGAAGCAAAUCAUCCCCAGGCUGGAUGUGGCCAAUCCCAAGUCCUCCUCGGCGCAAUUGCGUUGCAGUUUGACUGCCAAUUAUUACAACAGAGUGUUGUCUGGAUGGGAACCCAUCCUUGAACCAUGGAUUUGUAAAGUUUUAUGGGACAAAGUCCCGUCGCAGAACCUCAUCAAGAACCGUUCAAUAAUCCGCGUGGAAUCCAAGCAUACAUUUAACGUGAAUGUGACCUCAACGUUCAUGGAUCUGUACAAGCAAGUGAAAGAGAACUGGACUUCCGAUUUUCGCAAGUACGCCUCGUCCAGUGGCUUCAGAUCUCGAUCUCCUUUCGUGCCAUUCGCUUUGAAAAACGACACUGGCAGCCCUUUGAACUUCUCCGUUAACAUCAGCGACGUUUCUGGGCAGUUUUCGGCCCCAGCAAAUACAGAUAACUGGGUGGAGGUGCCACCAGGAGAAACUGUCCCAUUCUCCUUUACCACUCGAGUAGAUAAGCGCAGACACCAGAAUUCCCAUAAAAUGAAAAUGCAUCAACUGGCGGUCAAAGUGGAUGGAUGGCAGUGUGUGCAGCCAGUCACUGUGGAUAAAGUGGGCACUUAUUUCAGGGACACACCACCGCAGAUUCAAAAUAAUUACUUGGAUAUUCCACCUGCUAGGAUAGUCUUCGAUAUAGCACUGGAAGGCUCCGCUAGGAAACUGAUAACUAUCCGAUCGGGUUUGACAAUAAUCAACAACUUACCACAGUUGAUGGAAGUUAAGUUGGAGAGCCGUUUGCCGCAUGACAGUGCAGCGUUAUGGGUGCCGAGCAGAAGCUUCACAAUAGACCCCGAUUCCAGCCUCGCAGUGCCUUUGGCUCACACACAUUCCCAGAUCCACAUCAGGCCUUCGGGCAUGCUGCAUCAGUACACGUAUUCCUCAUCGGCGGUUACUUGGGAGAAAAUGCUCCACACUUCCGAUAGAAUGUUCACUUUGCGCACUUGCCACACUCACAAGGGCCACAACUAUAGGUUUGCUGCGGAGAUAACGAAGGAAAGAGUCCUAGUCGAGCGCAGCACGCGCAUGGAGCAGCUGGCGCAUCGCAUCACGUUGCAUCCGACCUUAAAACUCGUCAAUCUCCUUCCGGUGGACAUGCAGUAUGUUAUAUUGGGAGAGUCAGGCAUUGUUAAGGCCGGGCAAAAAGCCGCUCUAACUCACGUGGAUGCUGAGGAGUCGGUUCAGUUGGACAUACGAAUCGAAGGCUUUAAGACCUGCUCAAAUGUGUUGAUUCCUGUUGGUGCGUCCGAGUUCUCCUGCAGAGUCAAGCUGGAGGACAACAAGCAAAGGAAGCUGUAUCUCACGGCGGAGGUUUUGAUUAAUCGCGGCGCCAAACUGAAAGUGAAUAUAUUGGCUCCGUACUGGAUAAUCAACAAGACUGGGCUGCCGUUGGUUUUCAAGCAGUCGGGAACGUCCAGUGAAAGCGCGGGGCAAUUUGAUGAGCAUGAGCAGGCCCGGAUGAUAACGCCUUUGCUCUUUAGUUUUUCCGAUCACGAUGCCAGCAGCACAAUUAACGCCCGAGUGGGAAAACGGGUUGUCUGGGACGGAAAUGCUCAGUGGUGCUCAAACUUCCAUGUGCGCAAAGGUACGCAAUACAGGAAGCUGCACGUGACGAUGAGAGACAGCAAAAGCGACACAGUGUUUAUAAUUGGGAUCGAAGUGCGACCGGGCAGAGGCAAAUAUAGGGGGACCCACAUCAUUUCUAUCGCCCCUAGAUAUCAGCUGCACAACCGCAGCUCCUUCAAGCUCAUGUUCGCACAAUCCUAUUUAGUCAAGGACGGGGCUGAUAACGUUCAGAACCAGAAAACCUUCCUAAAGGCGUUGCCCAACUCGUUCACGUCGUUCCACUGGUCGAGUUUGGACAAGGAUCAACUGCUCUGUGUCUCAAUUGAAGACAUCCCCAACUGCUGCUGGUCGGGCGGAUUUAAAAUCGACACCAUCAACUCCAUGCAUAUCAAUAUCAGAGAUCCCAAUUCGCGCGUCUAUUUUCUCCGCCUGGAAGUGGUGCUGCAGAAUGCCACGUUCUACGUGAUUUUCACCGAUGCGGACAAAAUGCCGCCACCCAUUCGGGUGGACAAUUUUUCCGAAGUGGCCAUCAAGUUCGGCCAGAGCUGUUUCAUAGAUGUGAUGCACAGCACCGCGCGCGCUCAUUCAAGCGUCCCGUACGCUUGGGACGAAUGCACCAAGCCGCAAUAUAUAAAGCUGGUGGCUCCAGGCGGGAUGUCCCGCACUUGCGACAUGAACACGUUGGGAGCAGUGGCCGAUCUGACCUACGAGAACUUCAUUUACAUAGCUUUUGUUGGCACGUUUAAGAAUGCGCCCAAAGGGAAGGAGCUGUACGACGUGGAGAGUCAAGAGCUGGUGCUGGACGUUGGCGGCAAGAACAAAGUUAUUCUUGCGCGAAAAAUACCUGGACAGCGGUCGCAGCUGUGGAAACUGACCACUGAUGGAUAUCUGCAGCAUGAGGGCAGUUUGCCCCCCAAUCACCCCAACACGCCAAGACAACAGGACAACAUUUUGGUGCUCGAUAUCGCUGAUACUGCUCCUCAACCGAAUUACUGUUCUAGAUAUGGUAGUGGUGCGAGAUACCAACCACAAUUGUAUAAUUCUUUUGGCAGACUGACGUUGAAGCGGGUGGAUCCUCGUCGACUUUCCACCCAAAGGUGGAGGUUUACUGAAAGUGGGCGGCUUUGUUGCGCUCACGACAACAUGUGCGUUCAAGCGGAGGACGGACUGUAUGGUUUACGUGAAGGAGGCGCUGUCGUUUUAGGGCUGCCACAGCAGCCAAUUUGCCACAAAAAGACCGACAAAGGAAUACCCAUAGAGCAAGCCGUUGAAUUCCAGCGAUUACGGCCUGGAUCCGGCUCUUUAUCCGUCUACAUUAGCAUGGAUGGACCUACACAGGUGAUCACUGUAAAAGACAAGCACGAGACGAGAGCGUACGCGCUCUUAGAUGAUAGGGAAUGGGGCACUAUAAGCAAACGGCCAAAGCUGGGCGUUGAUGAUGAUGCUGCUAGCAACGACAAUGAACUGCAAUUCAACUUGGACCUCAACGGCAUCGGGGUGAGCAUGGUGUGCCGAAAGGCUCCAGAAGAGCUGCUCUACGCGCAUUUUUCCAACAUAAUCGCUGAAACCAUCCUGACUCCCGAUAACAAGCAGUUCUGCCUCAGUGUUAAGGAUGUGCAAAUCGACAACCAAUUACUUGAUGCAAAUGUGCCGGUUGUCCUCUAUGUCACUCCUCCAAAAAGUAGCGAUGAGGCGACGGACUUCUUGCCUGCAAUAGACUUCAAAGCGGAGAUACAGCCGCAAAUGAAUGAGAACGCCGUGAUAUUUAAGCAUUUAAUCUUAAGACUUAAGAAAAUAACAGCAAUAAUCGAGGAGAAGCUGCUGCUGAAGGUUCUAGCAUUUAUCGGCCUUCAUGCCAAGGAGGAGGAAGUGAUUAGCAAGGACGAAACCGAUCACGAAACUCACCGCUUAUUAAUGGAAGUAUCAGCUUCCAGCUCCAAAAGAUACUACUUUGGAGUUCUGAAGUUGAUCCCCGAUGAAAUCAGGCUGAGCGUUCGAACGUCCAGUAAAUUGCCCAAGCGGUUGCACCGAAUCAAAAAGAAACUGGGACUCACGCUGAUCAAGUUCGAGGACGCGGCCAUUCUUCUCGAGCCGUUUGAUCGGAAGCAUCCGUUCGAAACCACCCAGUUCCUGUUCAAGAGCAUUUUGAAGCAUUUCAAAGAUGAGCUGAUGUGGCAGGCUGCAGUGAUUUUGGGAUCGAUAGAUUUCAUCGGAAAUCCGCUCGGGUUGAUGAAUGACGUUUCGGAAGGAUUAUCUGGGUUUAUCUUCGAAGGCAAUGUGAGUGCCCUAGUGAAGAACGUCACUCAUGGACUGUCGAACUCAGCGGCCAAAGUCACUGAGUCGCUGAGCGAUGGGUUGGGAAAAAUCGCCAUGGACGACUAUCAUGAGGAGAUGAGGCAGAAAAUCCGACAGGUGCAAUCUGGGAAAUCCUCCGACCAUAUCCUGGCAGGAAUUAAAGGACUAGCUUUUGGCUUGCUAGGCGGAGCCACGGGGAUUUUUAAGCAGGUGUACGAAGGCGCCACUAGUGAUGGUAUUCCAGGUGUGUUUUCGGGAGUUGGUAAAGGCGUUGUGGGUGCGUUCACUAAACCAGUAGUGGGCGUUUUGGAUUUCGCCUCCGAAACGGCCAGAGCGGUCAGAGACUCCAGCAGAAGCAAAUUGACUCCCGAACGAAGGCGAUUACCCAGAUGCGUUUAUGGCCCUGGAAGCUUGUUGCCUAAGUAUGACCUGAAACAGAGUCAAGGACAGCAGUUUUUGUACACAGUCAACGGCAACAACUACGAAGAAAGACUGCUGGCUUACCAAAUUGUGGGCAACCUAUCCGAAGACCUGCUGUGUAUAGUCUCGGAUAAAAUGAUUCGGAUUGUGACUACAUCACGUGCCCCUGAAUUGACCCCGGUUCUUGAAUGUUCUCUUAGUGACCUGGAAAGCUGCAACGUGAUUAAGGAAAAAGAGAGCGGCGAUCCCAGAUACUACAUCGAAAUUGCCAUGCAUUAUACGGGAAGUACUAUUCUAGUAAAGCCUGAUGCCAUCAAGCGACCUCGGGUGAGAUGCCGCUCCGCGGAAUUGGCGCUCACCACUGCUCAGCAAAUUAACUAUGCCAAAAAACUCUACGUGGAGAAUUUGUACACUUUAUCCAGUGACGAGAACGUUACUGCUUUGGAAGACUGACUCGCCUGUACAUAAAAUCGAACAUUUAGGUUUAUUUUUGUAGGUAUAAAGCAGACCUGUACAGUGUAUAUUAGUAGAAAGAGCGAUUGGGGGCUGCACAGUUUCUCCGUCGGGUGCGAGGAAUGUUUUUGCUGCAAGUAGAUUUCCAUUUUUUUAGGGCACACUGCAAGUUUUAUUUGUCGUUCGUAGUAAUGUUCUUUUUUAAAAUUUAGGUGUUGACUUCUCGCAGAUACUCGCAGUUUUAGCGACUGUUUCGAACAAAACAUGUGAUAUGUGGGUUUGUUACUUUUCUGCAUACUUUUAUUUCUUACAAUAAACAAAAUAUUUAACGUU